GCUGAAACAACUCUGGCGACACCUGCAAACAAACUGCCAACCGACUGUACUGAAGAGAAGAGACGGAGAAAGUUGAAGCAAACCGUAAUGCGGAAUAAGACUGCGAAAGGUGCGUUUUAAGCAAAAAGCUAACAGAAAAACAACUUGUAUAUUAACAAGUUGUGAGAUUUGAGUUCACUACGGAUCGCACCGAGGGUUGAGAAGAGACGACAGCAGGCAUCUGGUGGAUGGAGUUAAAAUGGACAUGAACAGAAGAGAGGUGCCUCUAUAUGGACAAGUGGAGGCCCAUGUAAGGUUACAGGCGAAAGCUCCUGAAGACGCAGAGUUUUACAUUGUUGUACAAGGCUCUGACCUCACACAUGUGACUGCAGCAAAAAGAGGACAUGAUGGUCAGAGCCUUUGCUACACAGUUCCCGGCCAUACCCUUGUGGAAGUUGCCUCUGUGACAUCCUACUACUACGCAGAGGACAAAGUAAACCCAUGCGAAGGUGAAGAUUCUCUGGAAUACAUCAGGGAUGUUGCCCAGGAGGUAGCAGAGUACCUGAGUGCAAAAAGGGAGCAGCUUGGCCCUCAGAGCUACUUAGAUGUCCUGAAGAGGUUUUCCACGUGGGCGCAGGCAGCUGACGAGGAGCCCUCCGCUCUGGGGUCAGACAGCGAUGAGGAGGAUAUUCGACUCGGGCAAAGUUCAUCUGAUGAAGUCGGUCUCAGGCCGCUGGAUGAGAGGAUCACACAGGCUCUGGCCAACAUGGAAUAUCCUCAGCAGUUGAAAAACACUGACAGUGAGCCGAGAGAAGCUGCUGAGCUCCAGCCCAAAGAAACCCUCCUUCACCUCGCAGUGCGUUUGGGUUUAGUCCAUGUCUCCCGUUAUUUAAUCCACCAACCGAGAGGUCAGAGGGCAUUGACCUUUCCAAAUCAGGAGGGAGACACCCCUCUGCAGCUGGCUCAGAGGGACGGACAGCAUGCCAUGUUCCGGGUGCUUGCUGCUCCUCCAAGUCCUGUAGUCAGCCUGGUUACAGGUGUGUGUUGUGUGUGGGUCGACCGCUCCUGCAUGCUGAGGUUUUGUCCCGCAACGGACUCCCUGACCCUGACUGUGCGACGUACAUCCAUCAGCCGCCCUCAGGACGCCAUCUUUACCCUCCGAGACAGACUGGCAGACCACAGCAUCCUCAAACAGACCAACAUGCUCAAAGCUGUCCGAGAGGUAGACCAGACGGAAAAAGAGGAAUUCCUUCCUGGUGAUGAAGGCAUUAGAGCGGAGCUCCGAGUGGAGGAGCACUCGCUGGUGGACAACGUAUUUGAAGAGCACCUUGUCCUUUCUCUGGAUGAUGCGGACGAUGAAGACGAGUACACAUCCUCAUUAUCUGUAAAUGGGCAUCCCAUGCAGUCCAGUGGAGACCAGAGCCAGUUCACUGCAGACCCUCUGCUCUCCAGGAUCAACAGCAGCGACCGGAGCCACACACAUCAUUCACAGGAGGAAGAUGCCGACAUUAAGUACAGCGUCAGUGGAGUGACGAGGGGCAGCACAGUGACGGACAGUGGGUUGUGGGACACGAUGGACUCAGAUGAUUUCCUUCCAGCCACUGACACUCCUCCGCCCUAUUCAGAAAAAUACUUUCUCCCCUGCUCUCCCCCUCUCUCCCUCCCUGACCAGGGCCUCACAAGGCUAAAAAGUCCCUCCUCCUCCGAGUCGAACAAGGAGACAGAAAAUUCACCCAUGGAUACCUGCGACCUCAGUCCCAGUCUGGUGGCUCUGGAGUUGGACAGUGAGGAGGAAAGCACUGAGCCAAAGUCUCCGCUUUCCCCGCUCCUGUCAGAUGUUGAGAAAAGUGAACAGAAAAGGGAAGCGUUUGGUCCCACCCAUGACCUCACAUGCACUCGCAGCCAAUCUGCCUCCUCAGCAUGUGAACCCACCACUAAAGAAUUGGGUGACCAGGGGAUUCGCCUGCGUUCGUAUUCCUACUCUUCCUCCAAAAUCAGCUUGCGUCCUUCUCGUUUUGCGCGGGACAACCACACAUCAGAUAUCAGCCCUGAUGCCGGGCUUCACAGUGUCAGCCACAGCCGAUCUCUCCUUCAGGCCCUCUCUCUGUCUAAAUCUCUGUCUCUUCUCCACCCUGGUAAGCAAAGAGCCUCCAGUAUAUCAGAGCAGUCACAUGAAAAAAGGGAGAUUAGGUUCCGUAAGCGAGCGCAGUCUGCUGACGAUGAGGGCAGCAUGGAGCUGGCCGAGUCCCUCCAACAUCUCACCCUGUCUGAGUUCCUCAAAGAAAUUGAAGAGGAGGAGUUGGAUAAGUACAACAUCCCCACAAAGGUGGAGUCAGAGAAGUACAAAGUCAUUCGCACCUUCAGUUUCCUCAAGAGCCGGAUGUCCAGCACACGCAACAAGACAAAGGGGAAGGGGAAGGACAGGGAGGCCAAGGACCGGCAGCCAAAUGGACAUCGGUUCAACACAGGCUCCUGUUUGGGCCCCAACAUGUGCGUGGUGUGUGACAAACCAGCAUCUGGAAAGGACCUGCUGCAUUGCUCCAGUUGCACUGCUAUCGUCCAUAAGGGCUGUAAGGAUUCUGUCCCCCCGUGUUUAAAGAAACUUCAGGAUAAGUAUGCUGUUACCACGGUGAAGAACAAGACCGCAUCCCUCCCACAGAAUUUCACAGUGAGAGACAGUCCUCCUCUGUGUGUUGUCCCCGUCUCUACCUCUCUACCUGUCAUGAAGGAAACUGCAGAGUCAAGCCUCAUCUCUGGCUCUUUCACAAACAGUGACAGUCGGCUCAGCGAGGGCUCAGAGACAGAGUGUGACGGCUGGAAGGCGAACAGCCAAUCAGAGGAGCUCCUGCAGACUCCAGUGUCGUCGACCUCUACUGACUCAUCCUUUGGAGAAGACUGUGUGGAUGCGUGUAUCCACGGCGACAUCUCGGCUGACGCUGUGGAUUACGAGGCGGAGUCGUGGAGUUUCACCGUGGAGCACAAGUUCUGCAAGAAGCAGGAGAAACGAGCCGUGAAGAGGCAGGACGUGAUCUAUGAGCUGAUGCAGACGGAGCUGCACCACCUGCAAACGCUGCACAUCAUGGCUGAGGUUUUCCGGCGAGGUAUGAAGGAGGAGGUCCAACUGGAUACGGUGGCGCUGGACCGGGUCUUCCCCUGUCUGGAUCAGCUGCUUCUCCUCCACCACGCAUUCUUUUCUGCCAUGAAGGAGCGGCGACAGAGCUCCGCCCAGCCCCAGGGACACAGCAACUACCUCAUCCACAGAAUAGGAGACGUCCUGCUGCAACAGUUUUCAGACGAGAACAGCGGGAGAAUGAAGCAGGUGUACGGAGAAUUCUGCAGUCAUCACAACGAAGCAGUCAGCUUCUUCAAAGAGCUCCAGCAGCAUAACAAGAGAUUUCAGACCUUCAUUAAGCAACAAGGCAAUAAUUCCUUGGUGAGGCGGCGGGAGAUCCCAGAAUGCAUCUUGCUGGUAACCCAAAGAAUAACAAAGUACCCCGUGCUGUUGGAGAGGAUCCUCCAGUACACUCAAGAGGGAACAGAGGAGCAUGCGGACCUCUCCAGAGCUCUGGUUCAGAUCCGAGAGGUGAUAGCAGCCGUGAACCUGAGCGUCAGCGAAUACGAGCAGCACCAGCGGCUGCAGGAAGUGUGGAACCGCAUGGAGAACCGCAGCACAGCCAAGCUGAAGAACGGACACACUUUCCGCAAGCAGGACAUGAUGAAGCCCGGACAGAUGCUCAAACACCAGGGCCUGCUGCUGUGGAAGACCGCCACCGGACGGCUUAAAGAUGUGUUGGCUCUCCUCCUCACCGAUACGCUCAUUUUCCUGCAAGACAAAGACCAGAAGUAUGCGUUUGCCACAGUGGAUCAGAAGCCUCCAGUCAUCGCACUGCAGAAGUUAAUAGUGCGAGAGGUAGCAAACGAAGAGAGAGGGAUGUUUCUGAUCAGCGCGUCAGCCGCCGGACCGGAGAUGUACGAGGUCCACACGUCAUCCAAAGAGGAGCGGAACACCUGGAUGAGGCUCAUUAGGGAGGCUGUGGAGAGCUGUCCUGAGGAAGAAGAAGAAUACACAAGUGAGUCUGAGGAGGAGAAGCGAGCUGCCGAGGCUCGUAUUCAGAAGAUCCAUAAGUUACAAGAGAGUCUGCUGAGCCAGGAUCAGCGGAUCUGCGGCAGCCUGGAGGAGAAGCUGCAGGUUUACGCAGCGCUCUCCGCUCUGCGUGGGAGGACGGACGCCUCGCUGCUCGAGCCCCGGCUGCUCGAGCCCCGGCUGCUCGAGCCCCGGCUGCUCGUCCAGCCGCAUUCCGAGGAGCCGCCUCAGGCCGCCGUGUUGCUGGCUGCAGCUCUGCAAGAGGCUAAGAACCUGAAAGCCACGCUGUCCUCUAAGGCCUGUUCUCCAUCCAGUCCCAGCCCGGACUCUGACACAGACUCAGUGUUUCCUGUCAGCCCGGCUGCUCCUGUGUCACCCCCAUCGGACUCUGAGGCAUCACCUGAAACCCUUGAGGCCAGAGAGGGGAGCUGGACCGACGCCUUCAUGCUACAAGCCCCCUGUGGGCUGCCAAAAACAGACACCAAUGACAUCGACUUUAAGGUUGCUCUAGGUGUCCAAAGCCUGACCCAGUUACUAUACAGUCUGCAGGCCGCAGUGACCAUCCAGGACAGCUGCUACGAGGUCCAGAGGCUCCUCCUCCAGGAGACGGGGCGCCCUUCCCCCCGAGCCCUGCGAACGCACCUUCCCAGCAUCCGGGGCAACACCCUGCAGGAACAGGAGAAGCAGCGAAACCUGGAGAAGCGUAAAGAGGAAGUGGUGGCGGCUCGGCGACUCCAGGACCGACUGCGCCAGGAGAAGGAGCGCUGGGAGAGGGAGUGCCAGGCCAGGGAGAGCCAGCAGGGGGAGCAGGAGAGCAGGCUGGAGGAGCGGGAGAGGCAGUGUCACCUGGAGAUGGAGAGGCUGAAGCGCGAGAGGGAAGAGCUGGACGAGCAGCUGGAGGAGUACCAGCAGAGUCUGGAGCGGCUCCGGGAGGGCCAGAAAAACGUAGAGAAGGAACGUGAGCGGCUGGACCAUCAGCAAACGCUGCUGCAGACCUGGAGACACAGCCGGCAGAGGAGUCUGCCCUCUGUGAUCCCUAACAUGGUCAUCCCUCUAGAUGGGCAGCAGGAAUCAACACAGUCCAGAGACCUGGCCGGUAACGGCUCUGUGUUCGUGAAUGAAGCCGCGUUCGCGAGCAGUGCCAUCAACAACCGCCAAGGCCGCCACAAAAGAAAUGACCCCAGCGCUCACAAUUGUCUCAACACCCUGCUGGCAAAAUCGAACAGUAGACAGCCCCCCGUAGCGAAGACGCCCCACAGUCCACACUCGGAACCCCAGGGAUGGAUGGCGGGGACAGGAUACCUGUACAGCCCUGCAGGGAGGCUGGAGCUGCAGCACACGGCUAGAGUUAAUCAGUGCCUCCUGACAAAGAAACCUUCCCUCCUCCGCACCACCUCCACCUGCAGCAGCAGCAGCAGUGAGCCGGGGCCUCCGCCUGCCAAAGGGAAAGAAAAUCAAUGGUUCCUCUAUCUAUCGACUGGCAGGGCAGACAACAGCAUGUGAAUCACAGUUUAGAGGCGAUGGCGGACUGAUUGGGACAUCGAUUGGAAAAAAUCUUUAUAAAACUCAUUACAGCAUGACUCGUCAUCGCAUCAGGAGGGAGGGGACGGGGGGAAUGAGAGACACGUAUUAAUCUGCAUUUCACUCGCAAGGUGUCAGCUGCAUGCUCACGUUCACGCCUUCCCCAUUCCUAAUCCAUUCAUGCAGCACGCUCAUUGUCAUUUUCACCGGAAAAUUACAGGUUACAUGUGUCGUGUUGCUCAGCUCUUUCCUGAUAGGCUGGUUUAGAGUUAAGUGACGCUGGCGAGGAGUUGGUGGUUUUUUUUCAGCCACUAAAGCAGGCAGCGCGAUCUCCUCCUCAUUGAUCAGCUUAUUAACCUUUCCUCGUUAUUGAGCGCUCACACCGGCCCCAGUGAAACCUCAGUCACUCGUUAACAAGCCUAGGGUGUAUACUUGGCAGCCAUCUACCACGCAGGGCGCGUUCUAGCUGACAUCUACCCACAAUGCAUUCUUCAGUGGGUCCCAUGAGGACCUGCAAUUAGACCUGUCACCAUGAUGAAUAUUAAGUUGACACUUGACUGUCACACAAAUAGUUGCGGUGAACAAUUUAAUUGCCUAUUUUUUGGGGGUAAUUAUAUGCCGCACAGUGCGUUUGUGUUUGAUUUGGCGACUAGACCUGAAUCUAUGUGGGACAUUUCAACUGCUGCACAUCAAAAUGAUGUGAUCACUGCCAGAGGAGUAUCAAUUAAUCAUUACAUUUUUCAGAAUCCGUGUUGCACCUCCCCUGCUGCACAGUUUUAUUUUCAAUAAGUUGUUCUGAAACGGUUGUGUAGGCUAACCUUAUGUGACUAAAACGUGGUACAAGGUUGCGUGAUUUCUUUUCAAGAACUCAAAAUGAACCAGGGAAACCUCCAACUGUUACUCACUUCUAUUUACACUCAAUUGUUCAUCAUCACCUACGCUCCUCUUACAUCUCACCAUCCAUCUAAAUAUUUUAAUGACAUUUAUCUCAUUAGUACAUUUGUUGAAAGCUACAACACUGGCAUAACUUUCCUCUGAGCUGUCAUACACAGUGCUGAACCCAUAGGCAAACUCUGCUCUAAAAAAGAGAUCUGUUAUCAGCACCUUCCUGUCAGCAUCUUGUUUUGUAAGAGUGAAAUAUGGCCUUUUAAAAAUUAUAAAGAACCUAUCCAACUGCAGCAAGAGCUGGACCCAAACUCUUUUCACUGAUAUUUGAACCUUGUGCACUUGUAACCCAGUAGAUUAUUUAUUUGUGGAAACUUUGAAUUCUCUUUUAUUGUGGAAUCCAACAAUUUUGCAAAAUGAUGGCAGUCAGCUCAUAUAAUUGCGGUCACGCGAUUAUAAAAUAAUUGCAAUCAAAGAAUUAUCGGCUUCUUCCCAUAAAUCCCCAUUAGAUUUAUGCCUCCUUUAUGCCUCAUUUUAGUAUUUUAUGUGCAAUCUCAGAUUUCAAGUCCUCUUCAUACCGGAUCAGUGAUGCCUGGUAUGCAGAGGAACCUGGUAUCUGUUUUUAUCGUGUGAAAAGCAGAGGAAUCUCUUUCAAAUGCAAUUCCUCCUUUGUGCUGCCUCUCACGUUGAUCAGAACACGAUCUCACUUCUCAUUCUCAGCUGAGCAUGUGAAAAUGUCUUCUUAUGCACACACACAAAUACACACCCUUUUUUUGUUCAGUGGAUUUCCAUAAUUUGUUCCUGCACAAUGUAACCUCGGGUAACCAGUUGGAUGGAAUUUCCUGAAAUGACUCUUCAUCUGAUGAGUCGUGUCUGCUUUUUGUUGCUCACCUUUUCAUACAAAAGAUGAGAGCAUUAUGAGUUAGCUUAGGAAGAAAAGAGAGAUGAAACCUGUGCUCUUUACAGUAUGCAGAUUCAUUCACACUGCUGCGUGACACACAAACUGGAAUGUGACUUUCUAACAAAGCAUUGGGCUAUGUUAAAUGCCAGUGAUUAUUCUUUCUCAAUACUGGGACUGACAUACAGAGAAUUAAAUCCUUUUUGUCUCAGCAGUGGGAAAAAAGGUUCUGUCUCUCCUGGGACAUGUCUUCAUGCUUUAAUGUUCAAAAAGCUCUUUAUGUUUCUCAUACUGCCUGUGCUGCAGCACCUCUUUUCACCCUCUGUCUGAAACCAGAGCCCAGUCUGAUAUGUUUUGUUUACUUCUAGAAAAAAACAGGGGGGGUAGUGUGUGGGAGAUGAACUCCCUCUGGAGGGAACACAGGGAUUUUAGCCUUCAUGGACCAUUUACUGUACACGCACAAAAAUCUAUAUAACUACAGGAAAGGCAAAACCCCAGAUCCCAUAAUAGUGCUCCUAUUUUAAAUAUGUAAAUUAUGAAACAAUGAUACUUAUUUUAACCUAUGCUUUUCCUAAACCUAAGGUUGCUUAUUCCAGAUGUCUGCCUGGGUCUACUGAUCUUUUGAACACACAAAAAAAUAUAUUUUCAUAACAUGGCAAAACAUCCGCCUAUGGCUUUAAAACAUCCCUUUUAUUUAUUUCUAAUUACCAGAUGUGUUGUAUUGGCUUGUCCAGAAGGCUUUAACUCAAAUUCACAGAGGAAGUGUUACAGACAAAGUUUUGCUGUAGUAUCUUACAAAGCAUCUAAUGCUGUUGGCAGGGGAAUCACAAUGUUCCAGGUUGUUUUAAUAACCCUGGCCAUCUGGUUUCUGUUUGGGUAACCAUACAAGACUGAUAUUAUUUUCUCCCAAUGUUCUGCAGCUCGUACAAAUUGAUAUUUUUGUGGUGCUUUCUUUUAGUAGCAUGCAUUAAGCUGUCUGUGUUCCAACAUAUUAAUAACGCUAAGAUCUUAUUACUUCAUAGAUGAAGACAGAGAUUGAGUGUUUUUAUCAUCUUGCUGCACACUUGAUGUCUCAUCUAUCAGAGGCCUGGCCUAUAUGGUGGCUAACAGAGCCACUCUAACAGACUCUUAUAUAAUUAAUCAAACAAAGGCACUUUCCUUCAGGGACACAAUGAGGCAAUUUAUAGUUCACGCCAUCUGUUACCAUGACAGCACACCUGCACUAAUGCUAGACAGCACCCACCAUGCACACAAAUGUAAGAGCACACACUUUCUCAACUAGAUGCCACCCAUGAAAACAAUUUAUCUUUCGGAUCGCCUUUAAUUAAAUCGUAAUGUUAUUGAUCCUUAAAGGGAACACCACUGAAGCUGGGGGUAUCACAUUUCUUUAAAAACGCUUCAGCAGGCUAUAGUUCUUGCAGACUCUAAGGUUUAAAUCCUUGUUAUCCAUUUGAUGGUAUCGUAAUCAGAAACAGGUGUAGUGCACAUAAAAGGAAUUUGCUUGGGUGUAAAAGUGUGCAUACACAGUAAAGAAAAUGAAGUCGUAAAAAAGGAGGUAAAACCUUGAUUACUUUGUUCCUGUUGCUUCUAAAACUGGAUUUCCUUACAGCGAUCAAUAAGAAUGUCUGUUACAAACUAUUAGAACAUUUUAAAAAAUAAGAGAAUUAUUUAUUUACAAGACAUUUGAAUUUAAAAAAGAUAUAUAUUAAUAAUACUGCAUAAAAUAAAGUUUGUGCAUCCUAUACAUGUAAAGAUGAAUGUGCAGGGUGCAUAUAUUAAAUAUAUAUAUAUAUUAAAUAUAUUAAAUCUUCACCAUGGCGAUGGAUGAUGCUGAAAAAGAUAAUGAUAAAAGGGACACUAAGUGGAAGAGGGAAUGAUGGAUCGUUAAAACAUCUUUUUGUUUUCAUUCUCACUCCUAUGCUCCUCUGCAUCAGGGGGCAUCAGAGGCUGAGCUGCAGCAGCUGUGCUUUGAUCUAUAUGCAGGUAGUGAUUAGAAGAGAGGGCGCAAUAAUUAGACUGAACUCAUUAACCAAUUAAUUCUGGUGAUUAUUUAUCACUGGUUAGUAAAUGAUUGAUAAGGUCAAUGAAUUAUUAGUGGCUGCAUUUCUUCUACACACAGUACAAUAGAGCUGUACAGAGCGGUUUAAAGCCUCAAAGCUUUGAUAUAACGUUUUAAAUUAACAUUUCAGUGCUGCACAUCUUUUUUUUUUCUUCCUUUUACUACACCAAUAUUAGUGUUCUACACUUUAUAGUAAUAGAUUCCAUGGAUGAUGGCUGUGUUUUCAGUCUUGUGCAAUCAAAACAUUUCAAAUAGCUCCAGAGUGUUGUCAAGUCCAUAAGUUGAAAUUCACCACAUAGUUUUGCUUUAAUCCACUUUUGUUGCCAUAAGUUGGCCUUUCAAAAAAAAUUCACUGCAGUCUGAAACUGUUUUUCUCUCUGCCUAGCUGCAAACAAAGGGAGGCACCUAUUGAAGAAAGUUAAUAAGUCUAGCAUUUAUUUGAAUCCGAUGAUGCAAAUCGAGGAUUUUGUUCGAUUACAGAAUUUUUUUUAUGGUUAUGACAUUGUAAAGCAUGACAACACUUAUUAAAAGCUUGAUUCAAAAACCCAAUAAGAAGCUUCAAAUGUAUAAAAUGACAUUCAGUUCUUCCCUACAGUUUUAUAUUUGUAUUUGUCUCUCUCAGAUCCUCAAGGCUACAUCGGGGAGACAUGGUCGUCAACAGCAAGCGGGGCUGACCCGCAUCCGGUGCUCUCGCGUCCCACUGACCCUCAGCUGGACCUCCGUGCUCUGGUUUCCUUAGAGACUGACAGCGGUGGUGAAGAGGGCGGUGAGGAAACCAUCGUGUACCUCUGAAUGCUAAAAGAUUUCAGACUCUAAAUCAGACAACACAGCACUUGGAAAAAGAUAUAAAGACAUUUAUGAAGCAACUGGAUUGGAAUCAGGGUAGCUUCAGUGAGCAUUUCACUGUGAAACAGUAUUUUGUCAUGUUUUUUCUUUUAUAUUUUAAAAAUGUUUUGUGGUCUUUUAUAAGUGUAAAGUUACCGGGAACACCGGGUGAGAAAGACGGGUGUUUCAUACUCAAUCUCACAUGCCUCAUGCACCUUAGCUCAAGGCACUACUGGGUGUUCAAUGUCUAUUUUCUGUGUGUGUGUAUAUGUGUGUGGUCUUUAUUGACUGGGUCCCUGCAGCCUCACUGUUUCCCCUCUCUGCUACUUGUCAUACCUACUUCUGUCCUUUUCUUUCUCAGGUCCCUUGAGCACUAUAUUUAUUCUAUUCACCACAGAACAAGAGAAAACGCGUAUACCCAUCAGAAGAAAAGCAUCAGGCGGUAUCUCUCUACUGUGAUUGUCUUACCAUCGAGUAAACUUCAGCGAUCAGAUGGCUUCUGUUUAUGUACAAGCCGAACAUUAGGAUUGAAAGAUGAGGUGCAACACAUCAGUCCCACGCUUUUCAGACCCCAACAUUUAAUUCUUUUAAUCUGAAGCACAUUCUUCAUGUGAAGAGAAAUAAGCACAGAUGAGGGUGUAAGAGAAAAGUUGCAGCUGUGCUAAUAAGUAGGUUUAAUAAGAGUGUAGACAUUCAUCCACAAAAAGUCUGAGAAAGCAUUUUUAAGCACACUUUUCCUGGGGAAAAUAAAUGUGCAGGAAGACUGAAAGAAAGCAAACAUACUAAACCAUUUUAUAUAGAAAUGUAAUUAUAUGAUUACAUUUUUAUUUCUCUCAUUUAUUUAUUUUUCUUUCAUUUGUUUAUCAUUUUAGCCAAACUAGCAGCAGCUCUAGGGAUGAUAAUGCUAGUAAUUCAGUCCACCCCUUUGGUUCAUUGCGGUGAAAUAUUGUACAGGCAUAUAAGUAUAAAUACAUGAGAUAACUCCUAAUACAUUUGGUGAUUUUAUGACUCAUUUUCUAGCCUUACCAAGUGUACAACAUAUUUUGGUAUGAAUGAAAUAUUUUUAAAAUCUUGUCCCCCUCAUCAAUCAUUAUAACUUUGGUAAUCCACAAACUUUUCAUCUAGACCCAUUUAAUAUUUUAAAACAAUGGAUUCCUCCAAUAUUUUGGUUAAUCUAAAACAUUAAUAACAAUAACCUCAGCUUGACUUGACUUUGAGCGUUGUGCUGAUUAGCAAAUGUUAGCAUGAUAACAUCUUAAAGUACGAUGAUAAAUACUAGCUUGGUGGCAUUGUCAUUGUGAACAUGUUAGGAUGCUGACAGCACGAUAACAUCUUAAAGUAAGAGGGUAAACAUGAUAAGAAUUAGCAUGAUAGCAUUGUCAUUGCAAGCAGGUUAGCAUGCUGACAUUAGCAUUUAGCGCAAAGCACCACUGUGCAUUAACAGCCUCAUAGAGCUGCAGAAUGGCUUUAGACCCCAUGUCUACUUUUUCUGUGAUUACUUUAAAGAAAAACUAUUUAAAUUUUAUACAAGCUGUAAAGGGUGAAAUAUAUUGUCCUGAUAUCAUAUUUGCAAGUACCCAAAAUAGUAAAUUGCCUUAUUGAUACUGUCAUGCUAAUGCUACAAGCUAUUACACUUGAAUAUUCAUGUUGCAUGUUUAUAAUCUCUCAUGGGCAUUUUUAUGUGUAAACAGGUCCCUGUGCCAAUGCUUUAGAUGUCCCUUGAUGUUUUUACAGACACUAAAAGAUAAAUGUAAUACUGUUAUUAAUGGGACAUAAUGCAGUUGCAGUAUGUUGUUGUGAUUUUAGUACCAUGUACAUACGUUUGUGAUUGUAUUUAUUCAUUACAGUACUAAAGAGUUUUCCAGUACUUUAUGAAGGGUUGUGUUGUACAUAAAAGUGUAUCUGUGUGAAGGCACGUCUUUUUUUUGUGGACAAAGACAUGUUCUUAUUGAUAAAAAUAACUUUCAUUGAA